AUGAAAUCAUUUUUAAAUAAAAAUAAAAAUUCAAAAAAAAUAAUAAUAUUAGAUGAUAAUGAUUUUUCAAAAUAUCAACAAAGAUAUGAUUUACAAAAUCAAAAUAUUGAAAUAGUUAGUAGUCCACUCCAAAAUAUAAGAUCACAACAAAUUAAUGAUGGAGUACAAAUGUCAGGAUCUAUUCAAUCUGAUUUAUCAAGUUCAGAUAAUUUCACAAGCAGUGGUGGAUUUGGAGGUGGUGGUAAUAGUAGCUCAAAUACAAGUAAUAGAAAUAGUGACAAUAGUACACAACGUCCAUUAAUGGUUGAUAUUGGACUAGAAUAUAAAUAUAGAUUGGCAUUGGAACAGAAUCCAAAUGAUUUUAAAGCAUUAGUUAAAUGGGGUAGUUUAAUAUAUAAGAAUAUUAAAAAUCAAAUGGGUGGUAAACAUGUUGAUGUUUGUCUAAUGGAUUGGAAUGAAGAGUUAAUACCAAUACCACAAAAUAAUAAUAAUCAUCAUAAUCAUAAUCAUCAUAAUAAUCAUACAAGUGGUAAUUUCACAGGAAACAUUAAUAGUAAUACAACAUUAAGUAAUUCAUUCUUUGAAACUUUAAAUUCAUUUAACCUAAGAGAGCCAUUAUUUGAUGUUUGUGGAAAAUAUCAAUCAUCAUUACAAUUAUCUGGCGGUAGUAAUUUAUUAAAUAUUCCUUUCUCAACUUUAUUAAAUUAUAAUCUUAAUGAACAAUUAAAUAUUUUAGUUAAUAAUUUAAAUAAUUCAUCACCAUCAUCAUCAUCAUCAUCAAUAAAAACUAAAAAUACUACAUCCACAACUACAACUACAACAACUACAAAAAAUUUAAAUGAUAUUUCAAAUAAUAUAAAUAAUAGUAGAGUAUUAAGAUCAGUAUCAUUACCACCUGCACCACCUCCACCACCAACAGAAGAUCCAAAUUCACCAUGGUCAGAUCCAAUAUUAUGGAUGAAAUGGGGUGAUUGUUUAUUUCUUUUAUGUACAUAUUUAGAAUUACCAAUGUAUAGAGCAACUUGUGAAAAAUAUUUUAAAUGUAUACAGAUUUUAUUUAAACAACAAGAGAAACAACAUCAACAACAACAACAACAACAACAAAAUCAACAAGAUAAAGAAAAAUUUGAAAAACAAAAUAAUUAUAAUAUAAAAUUAUUAGCAAUUGUAUUAAGAAAAUGGGGUAUUACAUUAAGUAGAUAUAGUAGAAGAAUGAAAAGUCAAUUUUUAAUGUCAGAAUGGACAAGUGAUGAAAAUAUUCAAGUUGAAGAAUUAUGGAAAGUUUUACAUAGUCAAUCGAUUCAAUCAUUAUUGAUAAGUAAUAAAAUAUCGCCAUCAUUGGUAACACAAUAUCAUUUGGCUACGGCAUAUCAUCGUCAUGCAAUAACAUUGAAUCAAUUUGGAUGUCAAUCAAAAGAGGAAAUCUAUGGUUUAAUUACAAAUUCUUGUAAAAUUUAUUAUGAAACUUUAUUGGAAUCAUUAUCAGAUACAUUCUUACAGCAACUACAACUUCAACAACAACAACAACCAUGGCAUGAUAUUGAAUAUUAUAAUAAUAAUGAAAUAUUUAAUGAUCAAUUUAAAUCUAAAUCAUUAGAGAAUUGGGGUAGAGCAUUGGAUGUUCAAUUAUCAACCAAAUUAAAUGAUGAAGAGGAAACCAUUGAGAAAGAAGAAGAAGAUUUAAAUUCAGUCGAUGAAUAUUUAACAACAUUUUCAAAAUCAGUGUUAAAAGGUGUUACACCAUCAUUGGAAGGUGUGGUUUCAUUAUGUUUAAAUUCAAAGCAAGCACUUCAAUAUAAAGCAAUCAAUAGUGUCUCUGUUUUAUGUAGAUCAAGUGAAAUUGUAAAAUCACCAAUUUACAAUGAACUCAUGGAUCAAAUGACCAAAGUUGAAUCAUUCGUUUCAAAAAGAGAUGAUGCUGAAUCAUUAUUAUCUCAACAAAAAACUUUGAAAAGUAUGCCACCAAAAUUACAAGCAUACGUUCGUAUGAGUGGUUUAGGUGAAGAAGAAAUUAUGAGAAAUUUUGAAAUUGCUUGGAAUUCAAUUUAUUUCCUAACAAAAGAUACAAUUCCAAAUCAACCAAUACCACCAAACUAUUAUAGAUCAAAUAAAAAAAAUAAAUUAAAACAAAGACAAUUGAAUGAUAGUAAUAAUCAAGAUGAAAAAGAAGAACCUGAAGAAAUUAAACCACCUUUACUACCUUCAAUUCAUCGUACUAAUCAAUUAAAUAAUAAUAAUAAUAAUAAUAAUAAUAUAAAUAAUAAUAAUAUAAAUAAUAAUAAUAUAAAUAAUAAUAAAAAUGGUAAUAGUGGUGGUGAAACUCCAUCACCAUCAUCAUCUUUUGUUAUUACACCUUUUACAUCAAAUUCACAAUCAAAAUUUAAUACACAAAGACAAUUCCUCUCAAAUUCAACUUUAUUUAAUUUAUCUAGUAGUGGUAUUUUUACUAAUAAUAAUAAUAAUAAUAAUGGUGGUUCAACUAUAACUACUACAACAACCAAUAAUAUAUCACCAACUAAAACAAAUGGUUGGACUUUAACUUUACCAAGUAAAGCACCAACUAGAAGAGCAACAGUUUCAUUGAUUAAUAUAAAUGAUUUAAUUAAUCAGCAACAACAAAAUCAAAUAAAUUCUGUAUCAACAUUAUCACAAAAUAAUAUAAUAUUAAAUAAUAAUAAUAAUUUAGAUAAUAAACCAAUUUCAAAAUAUAUACCAAAUUCAAUUAUUAGAACAACAGUUAAUCCACCAUUAUUAUCAAGAUGUGAUGAAACUAUAUUUUCAAGUGGUACACCAUUACCAUUAUUUAGGGAUAAAAUUAAAUUGGGUACAGGUGCAUUUGGAAAUGUAUUUUAUGCAAUUAGAAAAUCAGAUUCAAGUCCUGUUGCAAUUAAAGUUUUAAUGGAACGUACUAAAAAAGAUAGUCCAAUCAUACCUGAACUCUAUAUUCAUAGUGCUUGUAAUCAUUCAAAUAUUGUUACCUACAUUGAAUCCUAUCUAUGUAAAGGUCAUGUUUGGAUCAUUUUAGAGUAUUGUGAUGGUGGUACAGUUAGAGAUUUACUUCAAGCAACUUGUACUCCUGGUAAUCCAAAUAAUUUACAAUUGUUUGAAGAGACUUUAAUCGCUUAUAUCAUCACAGAGUUAUUGGAAGGUUUGGUUUAUUUACGUUCAAAGGGUAUCAUUCAUAGAGAUUUAAAGAGUAGAAAUAUUUUGUUAACUAGAAAGGGUAAAGUAAAGAUUGCCGAUUUCGGUCUCGCUACAACUUGUAGUUUAGGUCGUGGUAGAACUCGUAUGUGUGGUACCAUGGGUAGAAUCGCUCCAGAGGUAAUUAGAAGAGAACCCUAUGACACCCAAUCUGAUAUCUAUAGUUUGGGUUGUUUAAUCAUUGAAAUGGCUGAAGGUACCGUUCCCUAUGGUAAAGAUUCCUCUUUGAAAGCAUUAUUCUAUACAGCAAUCCAUCAAUAUAAAUUACCAAAUCCUAAAAAGUAUACAAAAGAAUUUGUAGAUUUCCUUUAUCUUUGUUUAAAUCCUGACCCUUUCAAAAGACCAACACCUGAAAUGUUACUACAUCAUACUUUCCUAAGUGGUGCUGAUAGAGGUAAAUCAAUAUUAUUAGGUCGUUUUAAAAAUCAAGAUACAAGAAAAAAUUUACUUUUGGAUAAUUUUGUUGCUUUUUAA